AUGGAGGCAGCUACCGCAGCCCGCGAGACCCCGCGCCUGCCGGAGGAGCUCCUCGCGACGAUCAUCUCCCUCACGUCGCCGUAGGACGCCCGCCGCACGGCCGCCGUCUCCCGUGCCUUCCUCAGCGCCGCAGACUCCGACGCGGUCUGGUCCGGCUUCCUGCCCCAGCAUGCGGCCACGGGCGCCAAGUGCUUCCUGAUUUCGGCGAGGGCGCUGCAUAUUUCGCGGGGCGAGACGCCCGCCUCCUGGCAAUGGAUCCACCUCCGCAGCGACGAGAUGCAAGGAAACGAGAGGUUCGAUCGAGCCUCCUUUUCAAUUGUGUGGUGUUUUGGGGGCCAAUUAGUUUUCCGUUGGAUUUUUUUACCACCGAAUAUCAGUUCCCGACCUCAUCUACACCCUGUGAACAGAUGUUCAAAUGCGCUGAAUUUUUGCACGUACAUUACGAACUCAAGCAUCUUUCACUACAAAAAAUUUGAAGGUUUUUUAAUUUAUUUACUUUUUUUUGGUGAAUUUACUGUUCAUUCCCGGGCUCAACGCCUCGUCCUCAUUACCACAAACUUCUUCGGCAGGUUCUCGGAAGCAGUCAGGCUCCGCAAGGUUUCGUGGUUGGAAAUCUGUGCCAAGAUGCAAUGUAGGAUGCUCUCGCAGAACUCGGCAUACGCCACUUACAUGGUGUUCAAGCUGGCAGAUAGUGGGUUCAACAAGCUGGAUUAUCCGUUUCAGGUGGCGUCAGUCGGCAUUGGAUGGUAUCGUUCAACACGGAAAGUUUGCCUGCAAGGCUACAUGGAGGUUGGGGAUGACGGGGUGACUCGCAAACAUAUUUGGAGGUCUAGCUGGGAGGAAAAUUGGCGGCCUUGCAAGCGCAGUCGCGUUACUGGCGCAAUUCAUCUCAAGGACAAGAUUGUGCUCCCUUGGAGAAGGGCUGACUGCUGGAUGGAGGUCGAGCUGGGUGAGUUCUACAACGAGGAAGGCGGCGAUGGCGAGGUGUCUGUCGGCCUAAUGCAGACAACCGGAGGAUACAAGAGUGGCCUUGUUGUGUUGGGUGUUGAGAUUAGAUCUAAACAAUGA